ACAUUUCCACUGAUUCAAAGGUAUUUAGUGGAAAUGGCUGAAAAAUUUGAUAAUCUGGAGGAGCAUCUGGAGAAGUUUAUCGAGAAUAUUCGGCAGCUGGGGAUCAUAGUUAGCGACUUCCAGCCCAGCAGUCAGACAGGACUCAACCAGAAACUAAAUUUCAUGAUAUCUGGACUGCAAGAUAUCGAGAAGUGUCGUCAGCAGCUCCAUGAGAUCAAUGUACCUCUGGAGGUCUUUGAGUACAUUGACCAAGGUCGAAACCCUCAGCUGUACACCAAGGAAUGUCUGGAGAGAGCCUUGGCGAGGAAUGAGCAGGUCAAAGGGAAGAUUGACACUAUGACGAAAUUCAAGAGUCUUCUUAUCUCAGAGCUCGGCAAAGUCUUUCCAGAGGAGAUGUCCAGGUAUAAGGCUAUACAUGGUGAAGAUGCCCCCUCCUAGUAGCUGCUGAGCCAUGACUCCUGACCCUCUAACCUGUGAGCCUUGCGAUAGGAGCCUGAAUGGAGUUUGACCAAUUAGUAUCAUCUGUGGUUUGUCGCAGAAUACGACGACAGCCCAUUUAUUAUUCUCUAAAUCUUGUGAUGCUGGAGUGAACCCUGUGGGAGAAGGUUUUGUUUCUACUCGACACCCUGGCUCGGCAAAUCCUCCCAUUUCUUCAUAUUUAAACCUAAUUUAAAGAAAUACAAAUCCACAGCAAGUAAGAUGGAGAGGUGUUUUUCAUGUUCCAGCUGAUACAUAUCGAGUAUGGAGUUGGAAGCAUUUCUUACAACUCACAAUUGUACAGCAGAACAUGUUCACGGUAGGCAUGCCUCUGAUUGUGCUUCAAGGAAUGACCUUUUAUCGGUUGUACAUACAGUAUAUAUAAACCCUCGCACUCUACUUUUGUAAUGCUUCCUAAUCAUUGUGCAACAUUCAUUUGCACCACAUGUAGUUCUAGACAUUUUGUAUCAAUCUCAGGUUUCUUAUGGCCAUGACUUUUGAACGCAAAUGUUAUUGAUGGUAAUUUUGUGCCUGAUCACUUGACAUGGUCAGAAUUGAGUCUUCUCUUUAUUUGUUACUUGUUUGUAUUAUAUUUUUUUGGUAUUAAAUUAUCCAUGUUGGA